AUGCUACCCUCCAAUGGACACGCCUUCGAAUGCAUGCACGGCGCAAUCACAUUCGCGCCAUGGCCCUCCUUACUUCCAGACUCGCCAUCCCCCACUCUCCCCGCGAGCCCAAGGAUAACUCUCCUCGCAAACGACACCGUCUCAAACCCUGCCGCCGUGCCAUCUUCCACAAGGACAAAGAUGCCUCCUUCCUUCGUCCUCUUCCAUAGCUCCUUAAUCUUGCGCUGA